CAGAGGCGCACGGUGCCACAGCCAGGACCACGGGAGCCUCUGCACACACCGAGAACAAGACACCCCUUUACUCCUCUUUAUUAUUUCUAUUUCUCUGAGAAGCAAGUGUGCAAAGAAAAGAAGAGUGCAGCAGGGCUAUGGCUCGCCAGUAGAGAGGAGAGAGGUGUGAGUGUUAACAGGAGGAUCUUGCUUUAUUCUCUCCGGCCGAGAUGAGUGAAGACUUGAAGAGCCUGCGACGGCUCGCUGCUCCUCUGCUCGUCUUCGUGCUGUGCGUCGCGGUGCAGCGAUCCGACUCUGCGGCUUGCCAUGGCUGCGUGGGAUCCAAAUGUGACUGCAGCGGAGUAAAAGGAACCAAGGGUGAGCGGGGUUUCCCAGGUCUCACCGGACAGCCAGGAGUCCCAGGAUUCCCUGGACCUGAGGGGCCGAUCGGGGGCAGAGGAGAGAAGGGUAGUGAUGGACCUCAAGGACUUUAUGGUCCAAAAGGAAUCAGAGGCCCCUCUGGAUUGCCAGGAUUUCCAGGAACACCAGGACUUCCGGGUCUGCCAGGGCUGGACGGACCUCCAGGCCCGAGAGGAAUACCGGGUUGCAACGGGACAAAGGGUGACAGGGGUUUCCCAGGAAAUUCAGGAAUUCCCGGACAGCAAGGGCGAUCGGGUCCACCUGGUCUGCCAGGACAAAAGGGCGACCCAGGUGACGUGAUCUCCACCAAUCGUUUUGGAGAGAAAGGAUCAGUGGGAUUGCCCGGAUUGCCAGGAGUUCCUGGAACUUCCGGACCCCCCGGUGUGCAAGGUCCACUCGGCCCUCCAGGACCCAGAGGCUACGAGGGUCGUCCAGGUCCUCCAGGUCUUCAAGGACCAAAGGGAAACAUGGGAUUGAACUUCCAAGGGCCCAAAGGAGAGAAGGGUGAACCAGGUCUGCAAGGGCCUCCUGGUCCUCCAGGGCAAGUCGGAGAACAGAAGAAACCGCCGGAGACAGAGAUUCAGAGAGGAGACAAGGGUGACCCAGGUCUUCCCGGUUCCUCCGGCGAUCCAGGCUAUCCAGGACCCCCUGGUCCCUCAGGUGGCCAGAAAGGAGGCAAAGGAGAUCCAGGAGAAGCAGGAAAACGAGGCAAAUCAGGCAAAGACGGCGACCCCGGUCCUCCAGGCUUCCCCGGAGGCACAGGAGAGUCAGGCCUGCCAGGUCCUCCAGGCAGGGAUGGAGAGAGAGGAUUUAAAGGUGAUCCUGGAUACCCAGGCCCACCAGGACUGGUGCUCGGUAGCCAGGCAGGAGGUCUGAUCGGCCCCAAAGGUGAACCCGGCUACCCCGGAUCACCUGGAAGCAAAGGAGAGAGAGGACCAGCAGGUUUAUCCGGACCUCCAGGUGCACCAGGACUUCCAGCUAUCGGAGGUGGUGGUCAGCCCGGACCUCCAGGCUUCCCAGGAGAUAGAGGGCAGAAGGGAGAACUCGGCCCCCCAGGGCUGUCCCUGCCAGGUCAGCCAGGACGUUCGGGGUCUCCUGGUUUGCAGGGACCACAGGGGCCCCCAGGACCUCCGGGCUUCUCCUCAGGACAAAACUGCCUCACUGGAGAGCCGGGGCGUCCCGGUCUGCAGGGAGAGAGAGGCUACCCAGGAGGGUCUGGCCAGAAAGGUGAAAAGGGCGACACCUGUGAGAACUGCUUCCGCGAUUCCAGCGGCAUCCCAGGACCCCCAGGACCUGCAGGACAGCCCGGAUUCCCCGGAUCUCCGGGCGGCCCCGGUAACAAAGGAGACAGAGGAUAUCCAGGAACGCCUGGUGGCGUUGGACCCUCCGGCUCCGCCGGUCCUCAAGGUUCUCCAGGAUUCCCCGGGGAGAAGGGAGACCCAGGCGAUGCCAUCACAAUAGGCGGUGGGCGGGGAGAGAAGGGUGACACUGGUUUCCCCGGAUCACCCGGUCUCCCCGGUCUGGACGGUCGACCCGGUCGCGACGGACAGCCUGGAAAUCCUGGAGCCAAAGGAACUCCCGGCUCUCUGCUGGUGAAAGGAGAACGAGGUGUCCCCGGUGAGUCAGGCUCCCCAGGUAUCCCAGGAGACAGGGGUCCUCCAGGAAGCCCUGGCUAUGGACCUCAGGGAUCCUCAGGAGAGAAAGGCAUCCAGGGCGUCUCAGGAAGACCUGGAGGUUCUGGUGCACCCGGUACUAAAGGUGAACCAGGACUGACGGUGGCUGAGAAAGGCUUACCUGGACCCAGAGGAUUGGACGGUUCCCCAGGAGGGCCCGGUUCAUCAGGUAGCCCAGGUCAGCCCGGACAGAAUGGUUUCCCUGGUUCACCAGGAAUAAAGGGGGAACCUGGACUCUCGGGCAUCGGACUCCCAGGACCCCCAGGAGUUAAAGGAUUCCCAGGUAUCUCCGGCCAGCCAGGUGCUUCUGCUGGACCAGGUAGACCAGGAGUAGAUGGACUCCCUGGCCAGCCUGGAUUUCCUGGACCCAAGGGUGAGCCUGGCUUUGGCCUUCCCGGCCCCCCAGGUCAACCAGGAGUUCCUGGAGGUAAAGGUUUCACCGGACCAAAGGGAGACCCCGGCUUCCCUGGCGGCCCCGGUUCACCUGGACGAUCUGGAUUUGAUGGCUCUCCGGGAUCUAAAGGUGACCCCGGUACACCUGGUAUACCUGGAGCUCGUGGCCCACCUGGAUCCCCCACCUCUGGCUCAGUGGGUCCGCCAGGCCCCCCUGGAUCCACUGGCCCGAUGGGACCACCAGGAUUCCCUGGAUCCAACGGAAACAAGGGUGACCCCGGCUCUCCAGGUCAAGACAUCCCAGGACUGCCAGGAGACAGAGGAAGUCCCGGUUUCCCAGGUUCCCCCGGCUCAAUCGGAACGUCAGGACCUCCUGGAGGACCUGGACGGGAUGGCCUGCCUGGACUGCCAGGUCAGAAAGGAGACAUGGGUCCCAUGGGAACCCCAGGACCUUCUGGAGGACCAGGAGGCCCAGGAGGGCCCGGCUUUUCAGGACCCAAAGGUGAUCCUGGAUUCCCAGGCAGAGACGGCAAUCCCGGCGGUCCCGGUUUUAAAGGAGACAGAGGUGAGCCUGGCCUCCAGGGACCCCCGGGAAGCAGCGAGCGACCAGCUGAGAUAAAAGGAUCCAAAGGAGACCCUGGAAUACCAGGUACACCAGGUAAUUCAGGUCAGAAAGGCGUCCCUGGUCUCACUGGUGACCCCGGACUGUCAGGAUCCGAUGGACGUCCCGGACUUCCCGGACCACCAGGUCCCAAGGGAGAUCCUGGCAUCCCAGGAGGCUCAGGUGGUCCUGGAGGUCCAGGAGCAAAAGGCACCAUGGGAGAAAUGGGUUUCCCAGGACCAUCAGGGCAGAAGGGUGGUUCAGGUCAGUCGGGUAGGCCUGGAUCCCCGGGACAGCCAGGAGGACCUGGUUUCCCCGGAGCCAAAGGUGAACCAGGCUCUGCUGGAAUCGGACCACCGGGACUAUCUGGACAGAAGGGUGAAUCAGGUCAGCCAGGGUUCCCCGGAAGUUCAGGACUUAAAGGAACACCAGGAUCACCCGGUCUCCCAGGUAUAUCAGGAGGGCCAGGUUCCAAAGGUGACCCCGGACUCCCAGGAUUCCAAGGUUCUCCGGGUAUCCCCGGUCCUAAAGGUCUCGACGGUGGGCCCGGUGGCUCAGGUCUCACUGGAGCUCCCGGUAGACCAGGAGAAUCUGGCCGACCAGGAGGACCAGGGUUGCCAGGAGACAAGGGUCAGGCAGGUCGGGACGGGAUCCCAGGACCGGCUGGCAUCAAAGGAGACCCAGGUCUUCCUGGUUAUGGUGGACCCGGUGCUUCUGGGCUUCCAGGGUUGCCAGGUUCAAAGGGAGACCCAGGUCUUCCCGGCCCGUCUGGCAGCCCCGGUUUUCAAGGAAACAAAGGAGAUGCUGGUUUCCCCGGAUCCCCUGGUCCUCCAGGCAACAACGGCCCUGCUGGGCCUCCAGGACAGGCUCUGCAGGGCCCCAAAGGACUCCAAGGACUCCCUGGACCACCAGGAAGAGGAGGUUCAUCCGGCCCACCGGGACCCCGCGGGCCCGCAGGAAGCGGCGGUGUUAAGGGAGAGAAGGGAAUUCCCGGCGCUCCUGGACAGCCGGGCUUCCCGGGAUCGAAGGGAGAUAGCGGUGUUUCCGGAUUCCCUGGUCCCUCUGGUCUUCCCGGUAAUCCUGGUUUGAAGGGAGAUAUCGGUCAGCCUGGCGUUCCUGGCUUCCCUGGAUCAAAGGGAGAAUCUGGACUCCCCGGUGGAAGUGGCCUUCCUGGAGAUCCUGGCAAUGUCGGAGCCCCUGGCCCUCCUGGUAACCCUGCUAUACCUCCAACCCCCAUCAUGGUGAAGGGAGAGCAGGGAGCCCCUGGUAAUCAGGGUCUGCCUGGUGGUCGGGGAGCUCCUGGCUCUUCUGGGCGAGACGGACUUCCAGGUCAGCCUGGUGACCCCGGGGACUCUGGUCUGGAGGGUCCUCCAGGCUUCAGCGGCCCACCCGGCAGGAAGGGAGACAACGGACCCGCUGGUCAGCCUGGUCAGCGUGGAUACCCUGGUCCCCCCGGUUCAGACGGUCCACAGGGAAUUCCCGGUCCUCCAGGGUCCGUCUCUGCAGCCCACGGCUUCCUCAUCACCCGUCACAGCCAGGGUCAAGAUGUGCCCUACUGUCCCGAAGGAACUGGCCUCAUCUACGACGGCUACUCCCUGCUGUACGUGCAGGGCAACGAGAGGGCACACGGGCAGGAUCUCGGCACGGCCGGCAGCUGUCUGCGCCGGUUCAGCACCAUGCCCUUCAUGUUCUGCAACAUCAACAACGUCUGCAACUUCGCCUCCCGCAACGACUACUCCUACUGGCUGUCCACGCCGGAGCCCAUGCCCAUGUCCAUGGCCCCCAUCACCGGAGAGGGCAUCAAGCCUUUCAUCAGCAGGUGUGCGGUGUGUGAAGCUCCAGCUAUGGUGAUCGCAGUCCACAGUCAGACAAUCCAGAUUCCAACUUGCCCUUCAAAUUGGGAACCUCUGUGGAUCGGAUACUCCUUCAUGAUGCACACCAGUGCGGGUGCGGAGGGCUCCGGUCAGGCCCUGGCCUCCCCCGGCUCCUGCCUGGAGGAGUUCCGCAGCGCUCCCUUCAUCGAGUGCCACGGCAGAGGGACGUGCAACUACUACGGCAACUCCUACAGCUUCUGGCUGGCCACCGUGGAAACCUCUGAGAUGUUCAAGAAGCCCCAGUCGGAGACUCUCAAGGCGGGUAACCUACGGACGCGUGUCAGCCGCUGCGUGGUCUGCAUGAAGAGGACGUAACGGCACACGGCGACACGCAAACCCACCGCUGCCGGGAUACGCACGAUCAAUAAAAAGAGGUGAUUGGAUGACGGGGGACAAGUCUGGGGGGUGACGAGGUGGAACUCCAAUGGUGCAUUGUUCUCCGGAUACAACACAUCUUACAACUUUAAACAAUGGUGCUACUGUGCAACACAGCUUAAAAAAAAAAAGAAAAAAAAAAAAAAAGAAAGACGUAAAUAAAUCUUACAUUUAUUCUUUGUUUCUCUUAAGAAGUACCUCAAAAUGAGAGCAGAAACAUAUCCACUUAAAGGUGUCAUGAUGGAUGUGUGACAACAAAAAGCGCAUUUUUUCCCCCCAUUCUUUUCUCCCUUCUUUCUUAUUGUUUCCUUUCUCUCUUUAAAAAAAAAAAAAAAAAAAUCACUUUUGAAAAUGUGAUUUUGUACCAUUAGACAGAAGUGCUCUUUUUUUUCUCGUUGUUCUUUGACCUUAUAUGAUGAGGAGUGGAUUACCAAAUCGGCACUUUGACUUCGGAACAUCCAAGAUGAGAGAUGCACUGACGAUGAGCUUUUCCUUAGUGAGACUGCCCUUUUUCUUUUUUUCUUUUUUACUACUAGCUCUUCAUCCACUCGCUCCUUCUCUCUCUUCUCUACGUCAUUUAUUUUCCUGUCGUUUUUUUUAACGUUACAUUUGGUGGUACUAACCCUGCUGUAGCCCCGCCUCCUAACCAUCAGCCUGUACACCUUCCUCCUCUUUGCCUUUUUAUUUUUUUUUGUAAGUAAUAAAAUGUGUAUAUUGUGUAAAACACCUAUUUUGUUCUUAGUGUAGUCGGUCCUGAAUCGGUACCAGCUGUUUGUUAUAAGACAACAUUUUCCAGGUUCUUUUUCUAGCUCACACACACACACACACACACUCACACACUCACGCAUUCACACACAGAUACACUCACACGUAUUCACGUCAACGCUCACUGACACACAUCCACUCAGAUAUUGUACAAAGUAAGGCUUUUAUGAAUGAAACAGUAUUUUAUAUAUAAUAAAUAUAUAUAUUUGAAAAAAAAAGAGGAUAAAAAGGUAUAUAAACUUUAUUCGGCUGUGGGGAGGUUGUUCGCUGUUUUCAAACACAAAGGUCACCGAAUUAUAAAGCCAACUACUGAGCACAGACAGAGCCAUUCUCCCUAAAACACAACUGUCUUGUAUGAUAUUAACGAUGCCAAUCACUUCAACCUUUUUGUACUCAAUUUGUAGAAUGUUGAACUGAAAUAAAGGGGAUUUGCUUUUUUUUUUUUUUUUAGGUAGUGUAAUGAUUGGGGAACGUUACAGAUAUUUGUGCAAAAAAAUGAGAAAAAAGGAUUUGAAUUAAAUCUUGGCUCCUUGAUUAGAAAACCUCUAUUUGUUUUGUGUUUUUUUUUUUAACAUUUCCAGGUGCUGGGCUUUGCUUUUAAAAAAGAGGGCCUGAGGUUUUUUGGGCCUGUUUUGCACCCGAAAAUCCUUCAAAUCCACUUUGGCUUGCUUGAAUUUGAAGUGUUCACACUCGACCCUGUUGAGUGUUUGUGCUUUUAAAUCGGCUUCUCUCACAUCAGGUGUUCACACUCCAGAUGUACUGAAAGUCUACAAGAGCUGUCUAUUUGGGGGAAGGAGGGAAGACAUUUUUUUUUCUCCUGUGAUUUUAUUGUUAUUUUUAUUUUUUCAAAACUGCUUUUAUGAAUUCUAAUUAUGUCAACCUGGGGUGCGAUCUGGUUGUGUAUUUUGUUUUCUUUUUUUUUUUGUUUAUUUUACAUGUUAUGUUAUCCAGAAGUUGUUAUAAACUUUUAAGACUGAAAUAAAUACU